CAAUUUUUGACACUUUUUAACUGCAUUUCACCAUUUUCACCCCUAUUUUGCUACAUUUUUCUUCUAUAUACCCAUAGUUGCUCUUUAAUCCAUAUUUGGCCCCUUUUACCCCAUUUUUAACCAAUUUUUACCACUUUUAACCACUUUUCACCACUUCACUGACAUUUUUUUCACUUUUUGUCUUAUUUCUUCCACUUGCAAUGCAUUUUUGACGUAUUCAACCAAUUUACCAUUUUUUAACCACUUUUCACCACAUUAAGUGCUAUUUUUGGACACUUUUAACCCAUUUUUGCUGCUUUUUAACCACUUUUUAUUUUUACCCCAUUUUUUGCCACUUUUUUCCUCUCUAAACCCAUUUGCUGUUUUAUCCCUUUUUUGGGCCUUCAACCUAUUUUUGAAACUUUUAACCAAAUUCUGCCAUUAUUUAACAACCUUUCACCACUAAUUUUAACCCAUUCUUCCCACUUUUAACCCAUUUUUGCCUUUCUUUUGCAAUUAUUUGAUUAUGUUUUUCCAUUGAAGCUAUCUCCAUUUCAUCUACUUUACUCUCUGGUAUCCUGACAUUAGUGUACACCUUGGGUUAUCUUUGAAGUCUGCCAUUACUUUCCAAAUGGUUUAGUUCAGCAUGCCCAUUCUACUUUUUUUGCCAUCAUUAACCAGUCUGGAGUUUUGUUUUUGCCGUCUGCCUCAGCUAAAAAAUGUAUAUCCAUUUAUUCUAACUUUUUCUCUGUGUGUUUUGAGGUUAAAUGUGUACAUCCGCUGAAUGAAUGGAGCAAUGUGGUUAUAAAUAGGUGGACCUAUUUUUUGCUGCGUAUUGGCACCGCCUCCAACCUGUGCGUAAAGACGCAUUAAGUGGCAGCGCUGAUAAUCCAGACAGGAGUUGGCUUUGGUAACAGCACAGCCUGACAGUGAUAGUAAAGAGGGAGACUCUUCAGAUCAGCACAACUUGUUUGUUUUUUCUCCUAAGUGUUCUCCCUUUAGAUUCCUACUCACGCGCCCUGACGUUUUCUGCGACUUCUCACGAGCUUGUGUUGACAUGGUCGAUACCCUCCGGAGGCUAUUAACGGGAUUUCUGUCGCCGCUGCAUCACCUGAGGACCGGCGGACAGUGAGCCCGAGGGCGUCUGGAGGCUGGAUGGACAACAUGUCUCCUCAACAGGACAGCCUUGGUGGACUGCAAGAAAACAGACGGCGGUUGAAGUCUAUGACAUAUCGACGCCAGUCUGCCCCGUCUCUCGUCAUCACCAAGGCUCUCAACAGGUCCAAGACUCUCUCCAGAGACAGCUUUGUGAUUCCUGUGGUCCCCGAGUCCUGCCCGCUGGUCCAGUGUUUACUCGCCGGCUCCGAUAGGUCAUUCCUCCUCCAUGGACAUGCUCAGUUGAAAACCGGGAUGCAAACCCAGGACAGACACCUCUUCCUCUUCAGCGACAUACUUGUGGUUGCCAAAGCCAAGUCAGCCAACCACUUCAAGCAGAAGGCGCAGGUGUGUCUGUGUGAGAUGUGGACAGCGGGGUGCUUGGACGAGGUGUGUGAGGGGAGCACGUUUCCAGAGAAGAGCUUCGUCAUGGGCUGGCCCACCUGCAACUGUGUCGCUGUGUUUAGCUCAGCAGAUCAGAAGGAGAGGUGGCUGUCCCUCCUCAAGAGUCGGAUAAAAGACGAGAAGGAGAAGGAAGAACCCAAAACAAUCCCACUCAGAGUCUACGGGAAGGGAAUUAACACAUUUGCUGUUACAAAGACGCUCGCUGUGAGCAACUCUGACUCAACCAAUGAGGUGAUCCGGCUCGCUUUGCAGCAGUUUGGCAUCAUUGGAAAUGUGAAAGACUUCCAGCUUUGGGUCAUCUCCAAGAGGGACAACUGUGUUUAUCCUCUAAUCGGUCAUGAGUUUCCCUUCAGUAUCCAGAUGAGUCAUGUGAGACACACCAUGGCGACAGGAGGCAGCAGAGAUAUGCCUGCGUCACCUGCAGACAGGCAGCGGGCCAUGCAGGUGGAGCAGAUGCAGGUGUACAAGCAGUGCCAGUUCAUCCUGAAGCCUCGUCCCACUGAAACACAGCACCCCUCUGCAGAGAUGUGUAAGAAGCCGUAUAAGAGGAGGCGUUCCCUCAUCACCUGGGCCUUUUGGCGGGGAUCCUCCUACAACCUGAAUGAGUUAUCAGAGGCCUCUCAAGGCCGCCUGUUCUGCCAGCCGCUCAGCACUAUUUGUGUAGACAACAAGCUUCCAAAGCCUAUCAUGGACAUGUUGGUCUUCCUGUACCAUGAGGGUUCAUGCACUCGGGGGAUCUUCCGUCGUCCGGCGGGAGCUCGAGCAGUCAGAGAGCUGCGGGACUCUCUGGAUUUAGGAGUUUUUCAACUUCCUCUGACGAAGGAUAACAUCUUCAUCAUCGCUGGUGUCUUCAAGGAUUUCCUGCGCAGCAUCCCAGGUAGCUUGUUGUGCUGUGAGCUUCAUGAAGAGUGGAUGGAUGUGCUGGAUGAAGAUGACGAUGAGGAGGAACAAGUGCAGGAUGUACAGAGGAUGGUUUUCCGCCUCCCCAAAGAAAACAUUCUCCUGCUACGCUACCUGUUAGCAAUGCUGCACGGCAUCCAAGGCAAUGCCCAGGAGAACCAGAUGACCAGUUUUAACCUAUCAGUGUGCAUAGCUCCCAGCAUGCUUUGGCCUCCUGGAAUGCCUUGUAGCCCUGAGGUGGAAGGAGAAGGAACUAGGAAGGUCUGUGAGCUGGUGAAGUUCAUGAUCGAACACUGUCAGCAGAUUCUGGGAGAAAAUCCAUCAAACCUGUUUGGAGGACCACCACAAAGAGUCGCCACUGAAGAGAUGGGAUCAGACUGGCUGUACCCCAUGACCGACUCUUCCUACGACAGUCUAGAGAACGAUUUAGACAACAGCAGUGGUGGUUCUCCAGGCUUCUACGGCAGAGAGCCGUUUAAACCCAACGCUCUCCAAGGCAGCCUGGACUCCAUCUUAACGUUUAGCGACUACGACCAAGACACAGAGCCAGACACGCAGCAGAAGUUAGAACCAUCGAAAAGAGCACAAAUCAGGACACAGGAACCAAAUCUCUGCUGUCCGAGACAGAACCCGACUGUGAACACAUCGUCCAACUUGGAGUGGCGGUCCCUUGAUCCUCGGCACAGACAGCGGAGGCGGCGGUGCUCUGAACCAGCCAUAUCAUACAUGAACAAGUUUCAGCCAAGCGCUGACGCUCUCACUGGUGAGGACGAAGACGAUGAAGAGGAGUUUUGCAAGAAACCAAUCAGCCAGGCAUUCCCUCCAUCCAGAGAUUACAGCAGCAAAAAAGGACAUGGGUCGAUAUUGAACUAUCAUGAUCUGAGAUCAGAAGCUCUAAAGGAGAGUCCACCCAUCUCCCCUGCACCCACUGACUCCUCCUUGGAUUCCCCUUGCAGCGAUCACAGCUGGUUGACGAAGCGGAGGGAGAAGAACGUAUUUUACUCCACUUCUUCAACCGCUCCAUCCUUUGUCCCCUCUACAGCCUUUACUGGAAGCUCUGCUCUAACCUCAGCAACUUCUCAAAAAGCCUGCCCACCCAAAGAACCACAAAACUUUGCAGCUGGGAAAGGCUGCUGCAAUGUCCACCCAAAGUCUUGGCUUAUGAGAAGCCAGAGGAUGUCACGCAGCCAAGAAGACAACUUGGACAAGGACCAGGACAUGACUGGGGAAGGAACUGUUAAGUUGCUCACCUUUGGGAAACUCUCCUCAGAGAAAGGUAAAGUAGCUGAGAUCGGAGGAGGACUUGUUUCCAGUGGUCAUGGCGAGUCCGAAACUACCCAAACAGUCUCAAAAGAUGCAGAAGGAAAAGGACACGUAGGAGAGUGGCCAAGCCAGGAGACUCGCAAUCCUCGACAGCUUAAGAUGUCAUCCAGCCCCCCUUCCCACCACCGCUCUACAGGUAGUCUCCAUAUGCCAAUGUCCCCCUGGGUAUGGUCUCCAGAGUCAGCCAAGCAGGUCAGUGACGGUGGCACCACAGUAAAAAGUGAAGGGAAUCUGCUGAAGGAGCAAUCGACAUCCUUCUUUUACAAUCAGGAUCGGUUAUCUCUAUCCGUACUCAAGGAAAACAAGCCGCAUUCCAUUGACGAGGGAUACAAAGCCAAAGUCAACCAACGCCGGGUGUCUGAACCAAUGCGGCAGGUCGUAGAGCGAGUCUCAAGCUUCACAAGGGCGAGGCUGCCCAGCGAUCCAGGACUGAGGGUGACUGAUGUGGACUGGCAGGGAGAGACGUCAGAGGCCCGGUUCUGCCUCACCCCUUUCGCCACUAAAGCAGUGAAGGAGUACUUCUCCUCCCACCCGCGCAGCAACCCCCAGAGCAGCCAGCAGGUGGCACUCGCCUUGGUGGAGAGUCGCAGGGAAUGGGUUAAGAGAUGCAGCGAUGCAAAGGCAGAACCAGACUUUGACCAGCUUCUGUUCGCUGAAGAAUCCUUCGUUUAAUUUAACCUUUAGCAAAGCGAUACCACUUACCUGCAGCAGAUUCUAGAAUACUGGAAAAUAGAUAAUAUUGCCAACUUAAAUAACUGCUUUUUGUUGUGUUCUCAGACCCUUAAAUUGUGAUACAUACUUGCCUGAGUCUGUGGACGUAACGGUUAUGCCAUAGUAGAGAUAGCAGGGAGGAAAUGAUUGUAAACACAAGGCUGGGUACAUUUUGUAAAAUAAGUGAUAAGUACUUUUUAAACUUGCCUAGUGCUUUUUGCCAUUAAGGGAAUGUUUCUGCUUUGCUUCAAUGUCCUCGAGGCUGGAUUUACACAUUCAGAAAUGAUGCUACUUUUGAUAGAAUGAAAUACUUAGCACAGUCCAACUGAUUGGUUCUGUUCUAGACUGUACUAAAUAUAAAUCCAGCCAAUUGAAACUUUCCUAAUUUUGCCUUUCAAACAACCCUGGACACGUAGAAUGUAGAGCUGUAUUUAAAUGUGGAUGGUUGAGUCUUUUGCAGGAUUGGCAGUCUAAGGUUUUAUGCACAAGUUCACCAACUUUGUUUUUUUUUUUCGAAAAAUAUCACAUUUCAAAAUCAAGCUGGUGACGCUACUGUAAAACGAAUUUACUUCUUCAUUCGGUAACAAUCAUACAUUUUAAAAAACAACAGUGCUGUUAAGUAAACCAGCCUUAAUGACUGAAAAGACACCAAUUAAAGACAAGCCAGCAGAGAUGGGUAGCUCAACUCACAGACUGUGGGUCUGUACUUCGCAACUAUCAGUGUAGUUUCAAAGAGCUUAACUGCUGCACCAAUAGCUUGCAAGGGUAGGAGUUUACACUAAAACAGAGCGUACUAAAAGAGUUACACAUCUGUACAGAAACUUGACUCUGCUGAAUCCAAUGGAAAUCAUGCAGAGACCAUUCAAGGGUGCACUCCCACUAGGCAAUCUGUACCAUUCCCAAGCAUGCUUGAGCACCAUAAGUCCAGUUUGCACAACAAUUUUAAACACUGUCCAAGUUACAUUAUUACACUAUGAUGAUCUGUGCCCAGGCUGGUUGAGCUUUAUGUGUGCUGGCCAGCAGGGACUGGGAAGAAGGGACAAGCAUGGUUCAGGGCAACUGGGCAUAGCUUUCCCUCUGGUAGACACCCCCCCCCCCCAAAAAAAAAAAAAGACUGUCCCGUGAAACAGUGCAAAUUAUAUUCUGGAUUUUACAGAAUUGGGUAAACAAAGACCAGAGAUGCACGACAUAAUUGGUAAGAUAUCGGUAUCAGCAGAUAGAAGCUUAAAAACUUAAUUAUCUGCAUCAGCAGAUCAGAACAUUUCAGCUGAUAUUUAAGACUCAAUAUUUUGGCUACAAAAUAUUGGCCGUACGAACAACAAAACAAAUAAGUUUGGGGAGUUUUUGGCUUUUUUGGCUUUCUUUAUUAGUCAUCAUUCCUUACUAGGGGUGUAACGGUUCACACAGGUCACAGUUUGGUAUGGGUACCUCGGUUUUGGGGUCACGGUUCGGUACGGGUUCAGUUCGAUAAAAAAACAAGGAGUCCCAGAUUUAUAAUUCUAGAUGCCCCUCACUUACUUAUUUUUUUACUAAUGUUAGUGCAACUAAUAAUUUUACAUAUUGAAAAUAUAUGAUUACAUCAAUACUUUAUUCCAUCUAGUGUUAUAAAGGACUAUCAGUGAUAGUUUGCACAGCCUGAUAUAUUAAACACAAGACAAAAAAAAAUCUGCAAAAUGAAAAGGUUAACAGAAAACAGCCCGCUAUCUCCUGAUUUAAAAAAUAAAGUGUACAACAUAAAAUGCAAAUUAAUUACACUGCUUACAGAGCAGUGUAUCAUAUUUGUGAUUUAUAAAGCAUGCUGUAACGCUGUGCAGUGAUUACUCGUGCAAAAUCCUGACUCAUAUUCAUCAGAGGAGGAUCACAGACUAGCUCAUGUACACACAGGAUGGGACGUUAACUCAGAGCCUGUGCAGAGUGAUUAAAAACACGGUCGUCGGUCUUCUCUUAUGGUCCGUAGGCUUUUUAAAACCAGCGUGUUGCUUAGGAGAGGAUGAAAAGUGUAGGAAACAUUUCUUCUUCGUAUGUUUUUAAAAUGACGGUGACUUCUUCUUCCUCAUCGGUGAUUUAACAGCGAUUAGCAAAACACUUAUGAGCAGUGCUGCCACUAAGAUUGGUGGGUAAAUACUGUUAAAGUUUUUUUUGUUUUUUAUCUAAUUUUUUUCUUCUUUUCUCUUUUUAAUGGUUCAGUCGUAUUUGUCGUGGGGCUAUGGGCAUCGAAUUUGCGACCCCUGAACAGUAAUGAUUACAAAAAACCAUUACACCCCUAUUCUUUACACUUUAAAGUCUAUUUUAAGGACUGAAAUUUGGCUCUGAUCGACAUUUAGAUAUGGGUGUUGAUAUCAGUAUAGGCUGAGAUUAUUUUGGACUAUUCAAUUUCAAAUACCACCUUUCGGAAAAUGUGUGCUGAAACAAGCCGUUCUGAGAUUUUCCCCUCAUGAUGUAAUGUGGGGAGUUAGCCCCGCCCCCAGGUUCAGUUGGCCCUCCCCACCUGGAAGAAAGUUCCGCC